UCAUCAUCAUCAUCAUCAGCAGCAGCAUCCUCCCUUUGAUGCUUCGACUACACCGAGAUACGUCCAGCCUGGGGAACUUGUGGCUUUUAAAAUGCCCAGUGUGACGGUGAAAGAUGUCAACCAGCAGGAGUUUGUCAAGGCGUUGUCAGCUUUUCUCAAAAAGUCUGGCAAACUCAAGGUCCCAGAGUGGGUUGACACUGGGAAGUUAGCGAGACACAAAGAGCUGGCACCCUGCGAUGACAACUGGUUUUACACCAGAGCAGCAUCCACAGCCCGUCACCUUUACCUACGAGGCGGUGUAGGAGUGGGCGCUAUGAUCAAGAUCUAUGGCGGGCGUCAGAGAAAUGGUGUAUGCCCCGCCCACUUUAGCGUGGGCUCUAGAAACGUUGCAAGGAAGGUUCUUCAAGCCCUGGACGGCCUUAAGAUGGUGGAGAAGGAUCCAAAUGGAGGUCGUCGGCUAACUCCUCAGGGCCAGAGGGACUUGGACAGGAUUGCUGGUCAGGUUGCCUCAGCAAACAAGAAACAGCGAAGUUUACAAAGCGCCGCCUGAGGAAAGCAUCCACAGCAUAUUUACGCCUGUGAAACACAGUUAUCUAUUACUGUAUAUUUAGAAGUUUGCUUGACUUUCCAUAUCAGCCUGGUCCUAACAGCAUCCAGGGAGAGAAUACAGCAAGAUGCAUGCAUGUGUAGUGGAGUAAAACUGAACGUGUGAACCAGUGACAAACAUGAGCAUGUUAAAGUUGUUGCUAUCCACUGAGAAAUUAUAGAGACUUACAAAAAAACAUAUGCAAUAGACCUCCCUGAAAAAACAGAUUUUAUUAAUUUGUUGAUUUAGCAGUAAAUCCAGCUGAUACAUUAAUGGAUAGGUGAAUUCAGUUGUUGCGCAUGGUGGAGUUGAUCCAGCUGUUGUAGCGGCACACACGGGCGUAGACGCUGGGGUGUCCCUGCAUGGCGCAGUCAUAACCCCAGGAGACAACUCCCUGCAGCUGACCGCCGCACACCAACGGACCACCGGAGUCACCCUGCAGGCGGAGGGGGGAGCUGAUCAAUAAAGACAUUGUUCUGUCAUUCCUCAUAA